AUGCCUUCCUUCACAGCUUUCACGGCAGCCCUCGCUCUUGUGAGCAGUGCUGUUGCUUCACCUGUCGAGCUCAGAAAGCGUGAAUUCAGUAUCGAGCAAGUGGCCCGCAAGACCUAUCUCAAGAAUGGUCCUGCUACCGUUGCGAAGACGUACCGAAAGUUCGGCAAAGCUGUCCCUGAGUACAUCCUCAAGGCUGCGGAACUCGGUCCCAGCGAUGAUGUGAUGUCGGUUCAGGCUGCCGAUGGUGAAAACGGCACCGCCCCUGCGACGCCAGGAGAUGAAUACGACUCUCUGUAUCUCACUCCAGUGACGCUUGGAUCGAAGACGGUUCAUCUAGACUUUGACACUGGCAGUUCAGAUCUAUGGGUAUUCAGUUCAUUGCAGCCAACAACCCAGCUUUCGGGCCACGACUACUACCAGGCCGAUUCUUCCAAGCAAAUUGCUGGCGCGACUUGGAAAAUCUCGUACGGUGAUGGCUCUGGGGCUUCGGGGAAGGUUUACGCAGACAAAGUUCAGGUUGGUGGAGUGACCGCUACAACGCAGGCCGUGGAGGCCGCUACUUCCGUCUCGUCACAAUUUGCACAAGAUAGGGACACAGAUGGAUUGCUAGGCUUAGCCUUUUCCUCGCUCAACACUGUGAAGCCCCAGCAGCAAAAGACGUUCUUCGAUACGGUUCACACCCAGCUUGCGAAGCCCCUCUUCGCCGCCGUGCUCAAGUACCACGCCGCAGGCAGCUACGACUUUGGCUACAUUGACAGCUCCAAAUACACUGGUGAAAUCACAUAUGUCGAUGUCGACACCAGUGAGGGCUGGUGGCAAUUCUCCUUCAGCGGGUAUUCCAUCGGAACCGGUUCUGUCACCACGAGCGAAAUCAACGGAAUUGCCGAUACUGGCACUACACUCCUCUACCUCCCUCCUGCCGUCGUCAAGGCCUACUACGCAAAAGUCUCUGGCUCGUCCAACAGCAAUACGUACGGUGGCUACGUGUUCCCGUGCUCGGCUACUCCCCCAGACUUCAACCUCGUUCUCAAUGGGGUCAAGCAGCGCGUGCCCGGCAAAUACGUCAACUAUGCCCCCGUUCAGACAGGCUCAUCUACUUGCUACGGGGGUAUUCAAACCAACGAUGGUAUUGGGUUCAGCAUUUUUGGCGACAUCUUCUUGAAGAGCAAGUAUGCGGUUCACGAGAUGAGCGAAACCCCCAGGAUCGGGUUCGCUGACCAAGUUGGAAUAUAAUUGGAAUGACGAUGUGGCACAAGUGUGAUCGUGUUAAUCAUUUCUUUUGUUUUUUCAGUAUCAACUUGUAAAUUAAAGUAAUUUCAUCACAUUCGAAUCGCACGUUGUGAAAAUAAGCUCACAGAUCAAACAAACGCCAUGCUAGUAGUUUUCACUCGUGAGACCUUGGCGAGAUCGUGCCGAUACCAAACUACAUGCAUCAUGUUGACCAUGUAUAAAGUCGCUGUAUGUUGGGAGACUAGGAAGUCAUGUCUUUCGCACGACUUGAGCGCUCGUUCCUGCGAGCCAUCGAAGCUCGAGUCGUCUCUAUC